CACUGCCCACUAAGUUAACCAAACCAGGAAAUUCCAUGGAUGCAUCCUCUGACUGACUGUUAUAUACUGGAAGAAAAAUCUCUGUCAUAUCAAUCCCCCACAAAAAAUGGAAGGCAAAAAACAAGUUGUGGAGGAGGUUCCCGGAGAGCUGAAGCUGUUUAGCGACGGAUCUGUGGAGCGAACGCCUCUGCCUAUACCCCUUGUUCAUCCGAUCCCUCCUUCCAAUCACACCUUCAUUGAUGGAGUCGCCACAAAAGACGUGCCUUUAAACGAGGCGACCGGAGUCUGGGCUCGGAUAUAUUUGCCCGAGAAGGAGACCGAGGAGAAGCUUCCACUGGUGAUUCAUUUUCAUGGCGGAGGGUUCUGUGUCAGCCACGUCGACUGGCGCAUGUAUUAUUAUUUUUACUCGCGCUUGGCCAGAGAAUUGCAGGUGGUGGUGGUUUCGGUAGAUUACAGGCUGGCGCCAGAGCACCGCCUCCCCGCCGCCUGCCUCGACUGCGUUGCGGCUGUGGAGUGGAUUCGAACCCUCGCCGAAAUGAAAGAAGAAAAGGAACCCUGGAUCACAGAGAACGUCGAUUUCCGGCGCUGUUUUCUCAUGGGAGAAAGCGCAGGGGCGAAUUUAGCGCACCAGACGGCCCUUGCUUACGCCACGGAAGAAAGCUUUAAUCCCCUUUCCCUGUGCGGCUGUAUACUCAUUCACCCAGGGUUUUUGAGAAAUGAGAGGAGCAAAUCGGAGACGGAAACUGUUCCUAAGACUCCUUUCAUAACCGUCGAAAAGAUCGAUGGCUUCUUAAAGCUGGCUUUGCCGGAAGGGAGUACUAAAGAUCAUCCGAUUAUUAAUCCCACGGGUCCUCAGGCUCAACCUCUCCAUGGAUUAAAGCUUCCGAAAAUGCUGGUUGCCAUUGCGGACGGAGAUUUGAUGCGAGACACACAGAUGGAGUUCUGCCAGGCUAUGAUAAAUUCGGGGCAGAGCGUGGAGGUGAUUGUUUCGGAAAAUGUGGAGCAUUAUUUUCAUGUGAAUGAGUUUGCCAUCGCCGAAGAUGCUCAGGUUGCCGCCCAGGCUUCGAAUCUUGUUGCCGCCAUCGACCGUUUUAGCAAAGCUUGUUAGUUUAUUGGCAACUGUUUAGCCCCGUCUGAUAAGAGUAUCAUGGUACCAAUAAAUCUCAUAUCUUGUUCAAUAAAUUUUCUUACUGGAAGCCGAUUUUCUGGUCGAAUUGCCACUGGUGCGUGUAAUUUAAGGAGGGUUUAUUAACAGAAAUAAUGAAAACUUUGCUUAUCACCUUUCCAAUA